UUUGUACAACUAAUUUGUGUUUUGAGUUGGGAGUUUUGUCAGUUGGGGACCUCAAUUGGUUAUGCUCUUCUCACUCGACAGUACUGAAUAAGUAGCCAGUCUAUCUCUUAUGGUCAUAAUUCAGCCACAAUCUUUCUAUCAUCCUUCCCCUUUUUCUUCCUAUCAUAUCUUUUCAUUAGUAUUUGACUGCCAUUUUGUUUCUCCCUCACAAUACAAAAACUUAUCCCCCUUGUGUCCACAAUGGCCAGAAUUAGACUACUCUUACUCCUCCAUUACUUGCUCUUCAUCUUACUUUCUUCAUCUGCACUUUUGCAAGGGUCAAGAAUUCAAGCCAUAAUUCCUCACUCUCAAAGGGCCUAUCAAGCUUUUCCGUAUGAGGCAAAAAGAUGGGUGAAAAAGAAUUCAAGAAGGUUGAUGAUAGGAUCAGUGGCACCAACGUGCACUUACAAUGAAUGCAGAGGAUGCAAGUACAAGUGUAGAGCAGAGCAAGUCCCAGUGGAAGGGAAUGACCCAAUGAAUAGCCCUUAUCAUUACAAGUGUGUUUGUCACCGCUAAUUCUGCUUUGUCAGAACAUAGAGCCAGCAGCCUUCCAAAAAGAAACGUUACUUUGAAAUUUUCAUCAAUUUACCAUUUCUGGUCUUGUGAGAGUUUCAAUGUUCUUUUUGAGGUUGGGUUGCUUGAAUUUUGGUUUAUAUCGAGUCUUUUGUCUACUGCCUAUAGUGUAAUUCUGGUUGGGUGAAUGUGAUUGUAUCAAAUUUUGUAUUUUGAGUAAUGCCUUUUUUCUUCAAAUGGAAAGAGAUUUUUGCAUGUU